AUGGAGGGGUUGAAUCAUGUAGCAAGUGCUGUAGGUCGUCCUUUACACACGGAUGCGAUCAUUCUUACACGUAAAUGUCCUAGCUUUUCACGUGUUUGUAUAGAGAUUAAUGCUGUGGAAGUGUUAGUGGAAGAUUUUGAUUUUUGCCAUGCAAAUGGAGAGUGGAUUACUAUUUGUGCUGAGUUUGAAUGGAUCCCCAUAAAAUGCACGGAAUGUGGGGUAUUUUACCACUCUUGCACUUCACAUACUAAGCCUAGGAAAAAACUUUCCAAGGUUUGGGUUGCUAAGGAUAAGGCUGGCCAGAGUGGUGUUGCUAAUGAUAAACCACCUAUAGAUAAUGGAUGGACUCAUGUCUCGCAUAAGAGGAAGUCCUCCAGAAGUGUCGAUGAUGGUAUUGCUAUUCCUAUCCAAGUAGAUGGCAUCCAUACUUUGGCAGAUAAUUCUAAGAGGGUGGUAUUGAAGCCCAAUGAGAAUACUGAACUUGGGGAAGAAGGGAAAGUGUCUCCAGUUUCACUUGCCAUUUUGAAUGAAGAGGAUAGUCAUACUUCUAUCCCUCAUUCUAACUCGUUGGCAAAAAAAGCUAUUGAUUCACUUCAGAAGAAGAAGAAUGGGCCAGGAGAGGGUCAAAUGACCCUCUUAAAAAAUCUGAAAAUUUGGAUAUGUUGGAAUCCAAAUGAUGUUCAUGUUUUGCUGGUGGGUAGCUUAGCUCAAGCUAUCCAUGUCCAUGUUAAUGUAUGCAAUGGUAAAUGCAGUUCUAUAGUGUCAGUGGUAUACGGGGAUAACGUCCCAGUUAAGCGUGGCAAUCUAUGGGUUGAUUUAGUAGCUAGACAUGGAGGAUUUACAUGUUUUCCUUGGUUGGUCAUGGGGGACUUCAAUUCUGUUAUCUCCCUUUCAGAUGUGGCAGGUAAUUCUUCUUCUUGGCAUGCAUGGAAAGACGAUCUUAGGAAUUGCAUGGCAACUGCGGGUUUGGAUGAUUUAAAGUUUGAUAAUUGUUUAUAUACAUGGUCUAAUAAGUAUGUAUUUGAUCCUAUUCUCAAGAAACUAGAUUGGGUAUUGGUGAAUUUGGAGCGAGAGGAAGAGUUUCAGGGAUCGGAAGCUACUUUUGUUAGUGCUAGUGUGUCGGAUCAUUUUCCUAUGAUACGGGGUGAAGCGGUCGUGGGAACUCCUAUAUAUUUUCUGUGUUUGAAGUUGAAAAAGCUGAAGCUUGCCCUGAAAGAUUUUAAUAAGGAGCAUUUUUCAAAUCUACCUACAUUACCUUUGGACUCAUCUUUAUAUAAUGAGGAGGUUCAAUUACAAAAGGAAUUUUUCGAGUUAAGUAAGGCUAAUGAAGGCUUCUUGAGACAAAAAGCUCGUGUUAAAUGGCCGAAUUUAGGGGACCAGAAUACUGCUUUCUUCUUCAAGGCUAUGAAAAGUCACUAUGGCAAGAAUAAGGUGGUUUCCAUUUGUAGAGAAGAUGGUACUAGAGUUGAGGAACCGUAUGAGACUAGUCAAGUUAUUGUUGAAUUCUAUCAAAAUCUCCUUGGACAACAGCCUAGUGGUGAGAGGCUAGAUAUAGACUUGCUUCAAAAAGCUCUUCCCAAAAAUAUCUUAAUGGUACAGAAAGAAUCCCUUGAUAGAGAUGUGUUGUUUGAUAAGAUUAAGGAGGUUUUGUUUCUUCAAGAGGACUUGGAACAUUGUGGGGAAUGGUUUUCUACGUGCAACAAGUCUUUCUUUGACUCGAGCAAUCUAUUGAAGCAAGUUAAUGCUACCACUAUUGCAUUGGUCCCUAAGAUUCCAAAUCCUUCUCAAGUAAAGGACUUUAGGCCUAUCUCUUGUUGCAAUAUUAUUUAUAAAUGUGUUGCUAAGCUUAUUGCCAAUAGAGUCAAGAUGGUGCUUCCAGACAUUGUUGGACCUCAACAAAUUGCUUUUGUUAAAGGUAGACAUAUUAUUGAUAAUAUUCUUUUUUCCCAAGAGUUGCUGAGGAAUUAUCACCGUGGUGGAGGACUGCAUAGAUCUGCUCUUAAAGUCGAUCUCAUGAAAGCUUAUGAUUUUGUUCACUAA